AUGUCCAAAAUAAUUCUUAUAAAAUUUAUUUUUAUUUUCAUUCUUCUGAUUUUAUUUGCUGAUAGUGUUACUUUAGACGAACUUUUACCUAAAUUGGGUCCCCAAUACGAUUAUUUUGGAGAUGGACAACAACCAAUAUAUCGGCAACAAGCUGGGAAUUUUGGAAAUUCUUUUGGAGGAGGAAACAACUUUCUCAAUAACGGAGAUAAUACUGUCAAUUUCGAUUUUUUAUGCAAAUGCCAAGCUAAAUCUUUAAAAACAACUUCUAGUACACCUAGCGGGGAUACAUCUACACAACAACAAGUUCAACAGGUUAGGGGAAAAUUUAAAUUAAAUUAUUAUUUUUAUGUCUAUCAAACUAUAAUGUAA